UAGUGAGCUAUUUGUUUAUUAUUAGUGCGCGGAGGGAAUAUGGCGGCGUCCUCCUUAGAACAGAAACUCUCCCGUUUAGAAGCGAAAUUGAAGCAGGAGAACAGGGAAGCCCGGAGGAGGAUUGAGCUAGAGAUAAGCCCGCAGCGGCCAAGGCCCAUUAUUCUCAUCACUCUAAGUCCCACGCCCGCUCCAUCCCAGCGAGCAGCUUUACAACUCCCUCUUGCAAAUGAUGGCCAUCAUCGCUCAGAUGCAAAUACACACCACCAUCCGCCGCCACCACCAGUCAGACCUAGGCAGAUGCUCAACCUACCCCAGCCCUCCUACUUAACUCAGCGUAGCCUUGAAAGCAUUGAAAUUGAUCAGAAACUCCAAGAAAUUAUCAAACAGACAGGUUAUCUUGUUAUUGAUGGGCAGCGUUACCAAGCAGACAUUAAUGAUCUUGAGAACUUGGGUGAAAUUGGUAGUGGAACAUGCGGCCAAGUGUGGAAGAUGAGAUUUAAGAAGACUGGGCAUAUUAUUGCUGUGAAGCAAAUGCGACGCUCUGGUAACAAGGAAGAGAACAAACGGAUAUUGAUGGAUUUGGAUGUAGUAUUGAAGAGCCAUGAUUGUCCGUACAUAGUGCAGUGCUAUGGAACCUUCAUCACUAAUGUAAGCUCAUGCCCUAAUUAUUUACCACCACUCUUAUUUCCUUAAUACAAAACAUAUAGA